AUGUGAGGCUAAGCUAACCUGCAGCUCUUAAAGUUCACAUCUCAGAUCCCCCCUGCCCCCCCUGUGCUUUGGAUGGUCCAGGUGAAGGAGCUGGUCUUCUGACAGCCCCUCCCUCACAGCGUUGGUAUUUCCGGCUCCUAGUACGGCUCUAUGGCAGCAGAUAAAGGGGGGGGCUCUCAGCCUACACAGCCUCCCAGCACAGCUCAGCCUCAGUAAUGCUGGGAAUGCUGUGACACAGAGGAAGGCUGUGCUGCUGCAGGACGGACCGAGCAAACCCAAGCAUCAUGGAGGAGGCGGAGCUGCUGAAGGAGAGGAUCCAAGCCAUCACGGACAAAAGAAGGAUCCAGGAAGACAUUGCUAAGAAAAGACGGCAGAUUGAAGAGGAGAAGCUGAAACUGCAGUAUAUCAAGAAAAAGGCCCUCAGGGAGCAGUGGCUGAUGGACGGCCUGAGUCAGCAGACGGAGGAGGAGCAGGAGGCCAUGAGGCUCCAGGCUCAGGAUGAACAGCAGCAGAGUGAUCAGCUGCAGAGCAAUAUCCUCAGAAUAGAGAAGGAGAUCGAGGCCUUGGAGCAGAAAGAGCUCAGCAUCUCGUCCAAUGAGGAGAUGGUCCUGAAGCGGCUGAAGGAGGUGGAGAGGACGCCUGAGGACAUCAUUAAGACUGUUUCAUCUGAGAAGAAGGACACCGAUGAACAAGACUUGAAAGAGACUGAAAAUCACAACUCUGUCACCAUGGAAACAGACAUACCAUCAACGCUGGAGAUGGACUGUGAAAUGGAGGGAGCCAAGCAUGAAAUGGAUUUUAGUGCUUGUGAUAAGCUAGCUGGGUUACAGGCGGACGUCUCAGACUCUCAGGAAGUUAAGGAACAAUUAAGUCCAAGCAGCACCAGGCAGGUCGAUGACAGCCCCUUCUCUGAAACCAGACCAGGCACCUGUGAAGAUGAGAAAAAGACCGAAGAGCUCAACAGGAAUGAGUCCCUGAACUCAUCUGUGUCUGAUACCCUUUCCAGUGCUGACAGUGUUUAUGAGAAUGAGGCCCACCGUAGGAGGCAAGACACACAAGAGAAAGACACUGAGCAGGAGAAUGAGUCAGAGCAACAUGUGGGGCACGAAGGAGUGCCAGAGCCUGAGCGAUAUCCAGAGCCAGAGGAAGACUGGGGGGUGGGAGAUGUGUUGCACAAAGAAGCCGAACCAGAGAGUGAGGAAGACUGUGGGGUGGGGGACGUGUUGCAGAGAGAAGCUGAACCAGAUCCAGAGGAAGACUGGGGAGUGGGGGACAUGUUCCAGAGAAAAGCUGAACCAGAGACUGAGGAAGACUGUGGGGUGGGGGACGUGUUGCAGAGAGAAGUUGAACCAGAGACUGAGGAAGACUGUGGGAUGGGGGACGUGUUGCAGAGAGAAGCUGAUCCAGAGACUGAGGAAGACUGUGGGGUGAGGGACAUGCUGCAGAAAGAUGCUGAACCGGAGCCUGAGGAAGACUGGGGGGUGGGGGACAUGUUGCAAAGACAAGCUGAACCAGAGACUGAGGAAGAAACUGAGAGGCUAAUUAACCCUGAGCUUCACCAAGACCUUCCACUUGAAGGUGACCCUGAGGAUCAGGAUCCUCAACUGGAGCUGUACGGAGAACUCGGACCAGAGGGAGGAGAUAUUAUUGAUUUAGAUGAUGAGUCCUACACACAUCUAGCCGAAUAUACAGAUGAAGGUCCAGAUGUUGAUGAAAUACUGUUUGACCAGCCUUUUCAUGAGGAGUCUCCCUUAGAGCAGUGCAUAAGAGAGGAGGCCAUGUCAGAUGUUUCCAAUGAGUCCUACCAUAACCCGGAAGACAUCGAUGAAUGUUUGAGAGUGGAGAUUGCGGCGGCUUCAUCAGAUAGUGAUACAGAUGAAAAGUGGAGAGCUAUUUUCUCCUCCUCCAUAAAUAAAGAAGACGAUGACUCAUAUUUGGAUAGUCUGCAGCUGAGUGCCCAGGAACUUUUUGUCCAGAAAAUUGACGAGACAGACUACAAUGACCCAGAGAGGACCAACUUUGAAGAGGCAAUUAGUAUUGAGGUCCCAAAAGUGUCUGAAGUCUUGGAACAACCGGGGAUUGUAACCUGCUCCCCGACACCCCCGCAUGAGGUUAAAUACAGCCCGUUCAGCCUUCAAGGUUUGUCAAAAAUAUCGGAAGACGAGAGCGAAAGUUACAGAGAUGUCAACCAUAACCACUCGAAAUCCCAAGACGACGGCAGUGUGGACGCAGUCAAGAGGCUGCCCAAAGACUUCUGUGUCAUUCAGGAGACAAAGAGUGAAAACGUCAGUACAGAACAUGUGGACUUCCAGCUUGCUCGCAAGCAGUGGCGAGAAAUGGAGAAGCAAAUGAAAAAUAAGAUUGUCAUACCUUCGAGCAGGCAGUCAAACCUUCACAGCAGCCACAGCUUCAUGUACACCCCUGUCCGACACAUUGAAAGAACCCCUAAGAAGGCACGGGAUCUGGAGAGUUUGAACCUGGUCACGGAUUAUUCCCACACACAAUUCAGCCCUUGCUCAGAGGACUCUGGCCUGGAUGAUUCCAGCUAUAGGUCCCCUUAUGAUGACGCCGAAACACCAAUCGAAAGGGAGAUUCGUAUAUCCAUGGAGAGGGAAGAAAACUUAAAAAGGGAAAGGGGACUAUCCAGAAUGGGCAAAUCAACUGACUGCGCUCCAUCAAGAAGCAUCCCUCGAUCCAUUAGUACUCCCCUCACUCCGUCAUUCAUCAUCACCUCAUCACCAACUAAUGAACCAUCAAAGCAGGAAGUGUCUGCAAACAAUGUUAUAAUCGUAGACCCAAGAAAAGACUUGGCAUCCAGCCUAACGUUUGGCAAAGACAACGCCCCCUCUGGAUCUGGAGAAUGGUGCCCAGACGAAAACAGCUCCAAUCUGAUCAUCCUGGAAACAUCCAAUCUGAUCAUUCGAAGUGCCUCUGACUUCUCCCUGAACAAAGGCUGUGACGAGCCCCAGGAAAAAAUGUUCCUCAACAACCCCUUCUUCAAACUCCGUUCAAGAAGCACAAUAUCCUUGGUAGAUGAAGAGAUACGGUUGGUGAAGCAGAGGGAGGAAGAGCUCAGGAAGGAGAGGGCAACCCUAUAUGGGAAAGACAUGUUUGGCACGGAAACUGGCCUGGCAAAUCACAUGGACACUUUGUCAUUUGAUACCUCAGGUAUGUCAAUAAGAUUCUCCACACGUCACAUCGUCUGUAACGUUUCACUUCCUCUUUCCUGA